CUACACCACCUAAAUGUCGUUUAAUGUAAACUUUUAAUAUAUAUUUAUUUUAAUUAAUCAUGUAUAUAAUUAGAUUUUAUUGAAAUUAAUUUAUUUAUUUAAUCUUAUUUAUUACUAUUUACAUUUGUUUAAAAUAAGUGUAUUGCAUAAAUGUUUGUUAAUGUGUGAGAUAAAUUCUACAAUUUUUAAAUUAAAUUAUCAUAUGAAAUGUUAAUUUAUUGAAGUUAGAUUAAUUUGAAAAUAUUUGUAUUAAUAAAUAUUCCAAGAACAAAACUAAGGUAACAGUUAAAAUAAUAUGAAGUCUUCAGAAAAUUCGCUUGUACAUUCAAAAAUAAAAACUAGAAGUAGCAGUGCCUUGUCAAAUCAAAAUGAAAGUGAUUUAGGGAAAUAUUUUGAAGAUAGUAUAUCAUUAUUAAAGAAUGUAAGUAAAUCACAUAGAAAUAUAUCAAAUACUCUUGGUAAUACAAAAAAGAUACAAAUGCGAAAUGAAUCAGAUCUUGGAAAGUAUUUUAAAGAUACUAUCACAUUCUCUGAGAGUAAUUUUAAAAGUCAAUAUACUAAAAACAUGAUAUUAGAGUUUUCUGAAUCGAAUAAGGAGCAUUUGAAAAAUUAUACAGAUAUUGAGAAAGUAAAUAAAGAAAAUAUUAGUUCUGAAAAUAUAGAACAUGAAAAUUGUAAUCUGAAAAAUAUAAAUUUUAAUCAAAGGAGCAAAUCAAAGCCAUUGUUAUAUGAUAAAGAUAAUAGUAAUCAUCCAAAACAGAAUAUAAGAGAAAAUAUAAGUAAUAAUAGCGAUAGAUCACAUUAUAAACAUAAAACAUCUACUAUUAUAAGUACUAAUAAUAACAGUAAUUCAAGUAUAGAAAUAUCACCUGACAUUUGUACACAAGAUCAAUGUAAACUGGCAUCUUGGGGUCUACCACCAAUUAUUCUUCAAAAAUAUGAAGCCAAAGGAAUAUCACAAAUGUUUCCAUGGCAGGUAGAAUGUUUAUCUAAUUGUAAGGUAAUACAGGGCAGAAAAAAUAUUCUUUAUUCAGCUCCUACAUCGGCGGGGAAAACUUUAGUAGCAGAGAUUCUUCUUUUAAAAACAGUAUUGGAAUGUAAAAAAAAAGCUAUUUUUGUUUUACCAUUUGUCUCUGUUGUAAGAGAAAAAAUGUAUUAUUUUAAGGAUCUUUUAUCUGAAUGUGGAAUUAAAGUAGAAGGAUUUAUGGGAGGUAUAAAUCCUCCUGGUGGAUUUACAGCUACUGACAUCGCCAUAGCAACUAUAGAAAAAGCAAAUUCUAUAAUAAAUCGCUUAAUGGAAGAAGGAGAUUUAUCUACAUUGGGUGCAAUUGUAAUAGACGAAUUACAUUUAUUAGGUGAUCCAAAUCGUGGUUAUCUCUUAGAGCUAUUACUUACCAAAUUAAAAUAUAUGACUUUGCGAGAAACAAAUAUUAACAUACAAUUAAUUGGUAUGUCUGCUACGCUUCCAAAUCUGACUUUGUUAGCUGAGUGGUUAAAUGCAGAAUUGUAUAAGACUGAAUUUAGACCUAUACCAUUACAUGAGCAGUGUAAAAUUGGAAAAAGUAUAUAUGAUAAUGAGUUAAAACUUGUUCGAAAUUUAGUAUCAUUAUCUGAAUUACCAAUGGAUACAGAUAACAUUUUACAAUUGUGUAUGGAAACUAUAUCUGAUAGUAAUAGCAUUUUAAUAUUUUGUCCAACAAAAAAUUGGUGUGAAAAAUUGGCAUAUCAAAUAGCAUCAACAUUUUGUAAAUUAGAUCAAAAAGAUACAACAUUUGGUAAUAUAUUAAAGCAACAAUUAAACGGUACAGCGAUUCUCGAAACGAUAGAACAAUUGAAACGUUGUCCAUGUGGAUUAGAUAAUAUCUUAAAAAAUGUAGUUUCAUUUGGUGUUGCUUUUCAUCAUGCUGGUCUUACGAUAGAUGAACGUGAUGUUAUUGAAGGAGCUUUUAGAUCAGGAUCUCUAAGAGUUCUUGUAGCAACAUCAACAUUAAGUAGUGGAGUUAAUUUGCCUGCAAGAAGAGUAAUUAUUAGGUCUCCUAUGUUUGGUGGUAAAACAUUAGAUACUUUGACAUAUAAACAAAUGAUAGGAAGAGCAGGUCGGAUGGGAAAAGAUAUAGCAGGAGAGAGUAUUUUAAUAUGUAAACCAAAUGAACGCAAAACUGCGGAAUGUUUAUUGUCUGCAACAUUAAAACCAAUAGAAUCAUGUCUGAAAGAUUCAGAUCCUUUAAUCAGAACACUUUUAGAAGCUGUAGCUAGCGAAGUUGUAUAUACACAAGCUGAUCUUGAACUUUACAUGAAUUGCACUUUAGCAAGCAUAAAUAAAAAAGAAAUUAUGACAAAUUUAUCCACUGAUGCGAUUAAAUAUUUAACUGAUAAUGAAUUUCUACUAUUGCAAACCACAGAACAAGAAGAAAGAUGGGUAGCAACACCUUUAGGGAAAGCAUGUCUCGCUGCAUCUAUCUCACCAAUAGAAGGAUUAUUUUUAUUUGAAGAAUUACAAAGAGCUAGAAGAUGUUUUGUCUUAGACACAGAAUUGCAUGUUGUUUAUUUGGUAACUCCAGUGAAUGGUGGAAGUCAAAUUGGAGCAAUAGAUUGGAUGGUAUUUUUGGAAUUAUGGAAAUCAAUGUCAGAAAGUGAAAGAAGAGUUGGUCAACUUAUUGGUGUAGAAGAACGUUUUCUAAUGUCAGCUAUCAGAGGAGUUGUGAAACCAGGCAAACUACUAAGAAUACAUCAACGUUUCUACACAGCAUUAGCUUUACAUGAUCUGGUACGAGAGAUUCCUUUGAAUACAGUUUGUAACAAGUAUAAUUGUUGUCGUGGAGUACUACAAAGUUUACAACAAAGUGCUUCCACUUUUGCUGGAAUGGUUACACAAUUUUGUAAACAACUUGGCUGGGAUUGUAUGGAGUUAUUGGUAGGACAAUUUAAAGCACGUCUACAAUUUGGAGUAUGUAGAGAAUUAUUAGAUUUAUUACGUGUUUCCAUGUUAAAUGGAUUACGAGCGAGGAGUCUUUAUAAACAAGGAAUUAGUACUGUAGCGGACUUAGCUAUUGCUAAUAUUCUUGAUGUUGAACGAGCAUUAUAUAAAGCACUCCCGUUUGAGAGUGAAAAGGAACAUGAUGGAGAACACGAAUUAGAAGCUAUUACCAGAAAUAAAAUGAGGACGGUAUUCGUUACAGGGAAAGAUGGACUUACACCACAUGAAGCUGCUACUUUAUUAGUCAAAGAAGCUAGAGUAUUAAUUCAGAAUGAAUUAGGUUUACAAAAUAUGUCAUGGUCACAUAAUAACUCUACAGUCACCGAUACUACAUGUAAUAGUAAUAAUCAAUCUAAUAUAUCAAAAGAUGUUGUUUUAGAAAAUGAUAAUAUAGAUGCGAAUAUAAAUAAUCUAAAUACAUCAGAAAAGAAAAUGGAUGAUGCGGAUAAAAACGAAAAGAAUUCUUGUAUUAAUUCAAAUGGAAAUAUUUCUGUGAAAAAUUCUGUACCAUUAGAACAAAAUAACAUUAUGGAACCAGAUAAUAACAUCAAUGCUGCAAAUAUUGAUAAAAAUCCUGAAAAUAUAUCAAAGUGUUUGAAAGAUCUAAAUACUACUGCUAUUAGUUUUAUUCAAAAUAGCAUUCCUGAAAUAAUAGACAAUACUGAACAUAAACGUGAUAGUAAUUCGUUAAUUACUCCAAAAAUGUGCAGAAAAAGAAUUCAUGAAGAAAAGAAUAUAUUUUCUGCUUCAAGAAGUCCUAGUUUAUUCGAUGAAAGUUUAAAUCUUGACACACAAAUGUACAAUGUACUUGAAGAAAAUAUUCUUGAUUCUUUACAAUUCUCUUCAUAUAUAAGUAUUAAUGUAAUGAAUGAUGCUGAAAUGAAGAAUGAAAUAAGUACGACGAGUCAGAAGAAAUUAUUAAAUCAUGAAAUACAAAAUAAUUUACCAAUGUCAGAAUUAAAUUCAAACGUGGAUAAUAUAUCGCAAAAACUUUCUUCUCGUGGUACACAGAUAGAAGAUAAAGCUGUUGUGAUAACAUGGAAUGAUGAUUCUUGGAACGAAUCAAAGCAUUUGUUGAAAAAAAUAAAUGAAUUAGAUAAAAAAAAUAUGGAAGUAAUAAAUAACAGUAUUAACAAUAUGAAAACUAUAAAGAAUCUAUCACAAAAUUGUGACAUGCAAAUAAAUUCAUUACAAGUUAAUAAUGAAAAUAAUAUAGUAGAAUCUAAAUCUUGCAAUCAUCCUCUUGAACAAGACAAAAUAUCAUGCAAAUACAAUUUACGAAAACUUUCUGAUAAAGAAACUUUUAUAGUAGAUAAAACUACUUUAAAUCUUGAUCAUAAAAUACCAUUAGAUUCUAGUAAAUCAGAUUUGGAUAUCAUAACAUCUUCCCCAACACAAAUGAUAACUGCUCAAACAAAAUUGAAAUUAAAAAAGACAUCAAAAACACCUGUGAAAGUCUAUAAAGAUAAAUUAUCUAAGUUGGAACCUUCUGCUGUAAACAAAAAUAAAACGAGAACUAUCAAUGGUAACAUAAAUAAAACUAAACCAAAAUUAAGACAAUUAUUAGAACGAAAUAUUCUUCUUAAUGCAAAUUACAGUACAGAUAGUAUUAUAUCCAAUUCGGAUGAAGAUACACCAAUUAAAAAAGCAAGAAUCAUUAGAAGACAUAAAACAGCUUCGCCUGUUAUUAAAAGUUCAUUGCAUAAUAAGCAAAUUCAAUCAGACGCGCAAAUAAAUUUAUGUUUUCAUAAAAUAGAAAAUAUCAAUGAAAAUAUUGAUUGGAAUACAUUAAAUAUUGUUAAAGUUGGAAGUGAUAAAGCAACAUUUAAUUUAUUUAAACGUGAAAUUAUGAAGAAUACAAGUAUUGCAUUGGCUUUGCAUUGUGAAUCUUACGUGAAUGAAUAUAACAAUAUAGGGAAUAAAAUUAUUAGUUCCACUACUGAAGGAAAAAAUAAAUCCAAAAAGAGUGAACAAUUAAUUAAUGAGGAUAAAAAAAUUUGUGGUGCUGCUAUUUCUUGGGAAAAAAAUAUUGCAUAUUAUAUUUCAUUCUGUGAAAUGAAAGAUUUAAAGGUAUCCACUAAAGAGCAAAUAAAUUUCUUUAAGGAAUUACUUUCUAAUACAUCAUUGUAUAUAAGAUGUUUUUCAACCAAGAAAUUGUAUAAAACAUUGUAUCAAUGUUUCCAAGUAGCAGCCACUUGUAGAUUUCUAGAUCCCUAUACUGCAGAUUGGUUAUUACAUGGCAGUACCUCUGAGAAAAAAUGGAAUGAAAUGGUAUUAGAAUAUUUUCCUUCAGGAUCUUUUAUAUUAAAAUACUUUGAUACUAAAACUAAUGUAACAAGUAAAUUACCACUGGAAUUUAAAGCAUCUGCUAAAGUUGUUCUUACAUGGCAUGUCAUGGAUACAUUACUAAACAAAUUAGAAGAACUCUGUCCCAUAUUAAUUUAUACAUUUAAAGAAAUUGAAAUGAGAUCUAUUACACUGUUAGCUCGUAUGGAGUUAACAGGAUUUGGUAUACAUUUAAAAUCUUUGCAAGAAUUGUCUCAUGUAAUAGAAGGCGAAAUGCUUUCUUUAAAAGAACGAGCGUAUUCUUUAGCAGGACGAAAAUUUAAUUUUUCUUCAUCCAAAGAAGUCAGCCAGGUGUUGGGAUUAUAUAAAGGGAAAAAAAUUAGUACUAAUAAGGCAGUUUUAGAACAAUAUAAUAAUCCUAUCUCUAGUAUUAUUAUUUCUUGGCGUAAACUUAAUACUACUCAAACCAUGAUUGUUCAUCCAAUAUUAAAUCUGGCUCAAAAUAGUUCAAGAAUUCAUGGCAAUUCUGAAACUUCCACAUUGACUGGAAGAAUUACAAUGCAUGAACCAAACUUGCAAAAUGUACCAAAAGAUUUCAAUUCGGAAGAUAAUAGUUUUGUAAUAAGUGUUCGUAUGGCAUUUAUACCAUUUGAAGGAAACGUUUUAUUAUCCGCAGAUUAUUGUCAGCUUGAAUUAAGAAUAUUAGCUCAUUUCUCUAAAGAUCCAAUACUUUGCAAUAUUUUAUCUAAAGAAGGUGAUAUUUUUAAAAAUAUUGCUGCUGCAUGGAAUAAUAUAUCAGAGGAUAAGAUUGACGAUAAUAUGAGACAAAAUACCAAACAAUUAUGUUAUGGUAUGAUAUAUGGUAUGGGUGUCAAGACAUUAGCAGAAAAUUUAAAAGUGACUGAAACGGAAGCUAAAAUUUUUUUAGAGUCUUUCAUAAAUGCAUACCCAGGUGUACAUAAAUGGCUUAAAGAUAUCAAUUUAGAAGCACAUAAAAAUGGUUAUAUCACAACUCUUAUGGAAAGACGUAGAAUGCUUCCUGGUUUACAAAGUACUAAUCCGUAUGAAAAAGCACAAGCAGAAAGACAAGCAGUGAAUACAAAAGUACAAGGUUCUGCAGCAGACAUAGCAAAACAAGCUAUGGUUAAUAUAGAAGAUAGAAUACGAAACGAAUUUCCAAAUUCAACAAUUAUCAUACCAAAAACAGAAUUUAAACAGAAAUUAAGAAAACAACGAAAGGAUGACAGGCUGAGAGGUGCUUAUUUAGUAUUACAACUUCAUGAUGAGUUGUUAUACGAAGUAAAUAUAAUGGAUCUGCAACAAGUGGCUCUAAUAGUUAAAGAAUCAAUGGAACAAGUAUGUCAACUUGCAGUGCCAUUACCGGUAAAAAUAAAAGUUGGGCCCGCAUGGGGUGAUCUGAAGGAAUAUCAUAUUUAAAUUAUUAAU